UCAUUACUGUUUCUUCUCUUUCCUUCUAAAGAUCCCAUUUUUACAAGUAAUCUCACCCUCUCUCUGUUUCAGUACUUUGAAGCUUUUCUCUUCCCUUUUGGGUUGUCUCUCUUCACUUUCCCACGUCACGCCGUUACCACCGCUCUAUCUAUCUAUAUCCGUUUCUUCCUCCGUUUUUCUUUCAGCUUUCUUGCUGCUCGCUUAGGGUUUCAAUUUUGAAUCUUUCAUUUUUCUUGCGAUUAUAAUUCAGUUUCCGUUUCAAGGAAUCUGUGCCAUGAGUUCUACUUCUGUCAAGAACAACUUGAUGCCUCCGGGCCUCGUUUCCAAUCUCCAAGAAGUCCUUCUUAGCAGGAAAGGCGCUGAUGAGGGUGACAAAUCCAAGGACGAUGCUGAAACUCCCGAACCUUCUUUAUCUUCGGUUCCUGAUUCCACGGAAGUCAAUGAUAGUUCGAAGCCCAUUGUCUUGGUCACAAAUAGUGAUGGGAUUGGGUCUCCUGGCCUCACUUACUUAGUUGAAGCUCUUGUUCGUGAAGGCCUUUACAAUGUUCAUGUCUGCGUUCCUCAAUCGGACAAAUCAGUUUCGGGGCACUCUGUAACUAUCAGAGAAACGGUGGAAGCAAGGUCUGCUGAAAUUGAUGGUGCCACGGCCUUUGAGGUUUCAGGAACUCCUGUGGACUGUGUUUCGCUCGCCUUAUCUGGGGCAUUGUUUUCAUGGUCAAAGCCUUUGCUGGUUAUUAGUGGAAUCAACCGGGGAUCUAGCUGUGGUCAUCACACGUUCUACUCAGGUGUUGUUGCUGGAGCUAGAGAGGCGUCAUUAAGCGGUGUACCAUCAUUGUCAAUAUCAUUGAACUGGAAGGAGGAGGAAAGUCAAGAAACAGAUUUCAAGGAUGCAGCGGGAAUCUGUUUACCAUUAAUAAAUGCAGCUAUCAGGGAUAUUGAGAACGGAACUUUUCCCAAAAGUUGCUUUCUGGAUAUAGAAGUUCCCGCGUCUCCUUUGAGAAACAAGGGUUUCAAGUUGACCAAGCAAAGUACUCAACGAUCCACUGCAAACUGGCAAGCAGUUUCAACUAGUCGAUAUCCUGUUGGUCAUUUCUUGAACAACCAACAAGGUCUUGGCCUUCAGUUUGCACAGCUCGGCCGAGAUGCCUCUGCUGCUGGUGCAGCACGUCGACUGACUACACAGAAAAAGAAUUUGGAGAUUGUUGAAUCUAUUGGAGCUGCAGGAAAACCUGAUUUCAACAGGGUAAAGAAGUACUUCAGACUAGAGUUUUUGGAUAAGCAGCAUGAAGAUAUAGAUGAGGACCUCGAUUACCGUGCACUUGAAAGUGGAUUUGUUGCUGUGACUCCCCUCUCUCUUUCUCCUCACAUUGAGACUGACAUCCAAAUGGCAGCUUCUGAUUGGAUCUCUGCCGUGUUUGCCACAGAACAAUGAUGUAGAAUUUCAGCGUGAUUGUGUACAUUUGAGAGUUUUAUGAAUAUUCUUUUCUCUUUUUUCUUACCUUUAAAAGCAAAGAUGGAGUGGAAAGAGGGAGUCACGCCAAUUUAAUAGUGUGUUUGAUUCCGGUACUGAUCUGAUCUGUUUUUGAUGUUUUAUUCCCUUUGAUUCCUUUGUUUCAUUGUUUCAGUUCGUUUUGGUCACAUUUGAUGUGAAGCAAAUGCUUCCUUGUAGUAUCAUAGCCAUAGGCGUGUUGUAACUUGAGUCUGUAGUAAAACUUUGGAACUGUAGUAAUAUGUAGUUCAAGUUUGGUUCUUUGCUUUUUUAUUGAAUUCCCUCUGUGGCUAGAGCAUUCAACCACUUGAUA